GCGGAGGAGGCUGAGCUGGAUGAGCCGUCUACCAGCUACUGCACAUCCCUAUGUUCUGCCCUGGUCAAGCCUACAGUCAUUCUGACAUGCCUUCAAGGCAUCUUUGGAUGCGUUCCCUGGGCGGUGAUCGGCACAUUCUUAGCUGACUUUCUGGCCACCAAUGCAAACAUGGGUGUUCCUGGAGCCACUACGGUCCUUUUCAGCUUUGGCAUAGGCUGCGUCACUGGCACCGCUAUUGGCGGCAAGCUGGGUCAGCACUUGUACAGAAGGGACAAAAGGCUGCAAGCCUGGCUGAUGGGGCUUACCGUCUGGGGCGGGAUGCUUCCGUUCCUAUUCCUUUUUUCUUCUGCUGGCACCUGGGGACAUCCGGUGCUCUUCUACAUCUUGGCGCUCACAGGUGGCAUCCUCGCGCCUAUUGCGGGGAGCAAUGCGAAGGCAGUGCUUCUGAACGCGGUGGCGACGCGGUCUCGUGGGACAGUCUUUGGCGUCUACAACAUUAUGGACGACUUGGGAAAAGGCCUGGGCCCCGCCUUGGUCUCCAGUUGGGUGCGACGGCUUGGCCGACGGGACUCCUUCAUGCUGGGGAUCGCCUUUUGGUUGCCCUGCGGACUUUUCUGCGUCCUGAUGACCAAGACCAUUCCUGGUGAUGAUCUCUCCUCCAAGUCGUCACUGCCAGAGGUACCAUCGCGGGAAGCCCUGAAGUUCGUAGAUGAAUCUCCAGAGACAGCGGAGGGCUCCUUUGAAGGGAGUUCCCUGACAUCACAAAGCUCAUCGAAAUCAAAAUCUCCGGACUCGCCCAUGAAAGCGUCGUCCAAGAAACCGCAGACCAUCGGCCAUGCCUACCGAGAGACCGACCUCUAUUCUGACGAUAACAGCUGA